CGAAGAAGAAUGAGACAGCCAUGUGUCCACUGCGCCAUCUAUCGACUAAUGCUGAGUAACACAACAACACUGAGAACAAACAUGGCGCCGUCAUUGAGCACCUACUUCUGAUAUUCAGUCUUUUUCCAGUCAAUAAACUCACUUAACGAGGAAAAGCACCGUCGAAAAUAAGGCUCAUGUCCAGGCUGGCGGUGGUGUGUGGGGGGUCCAGGGGUAUUGGGAAGGCUGUGUCCCGCCUGCUGGCAGAGAGGGGCUGCAGGCUGGCCGUUGUCUCCAGGAACGAAGAUGCUGCCCGAGCCACCGUGUCAUCUCUAUCUGGAGCUGACCAUGUGGUUUUCAGCUGCGAUGUCUCCAAAGAGCAGGAGGUGCAGAAAACCUUUGAAACGAUCCAGAAGACCUGUGGAAACAUCUCUUAUCUUGUGAACGCAGCUGGCAUCAACAGGGAUGCUCUGUUACUGAGGACUAAGCCGGACGACAUGGUGGCUCUGCUUCACACCAACUUGCUGGGCACCAUGCUCACCUGCAGAGCAGCACUGCGCAGCAUGCUGCACACCCAGGGAGCCGCUAUUGUUAAUAUUGGCUCUGUUGUGGGCCUGAAAGGGAAUGCUGGCCAGUCUGUUUACAGUGCCAGUAAAGCUGGUCUAGAGGGCUUCACACGCUCCUUAGCUAAAGAAGUUGCUUCACGCAACAUCAAGGUCAACCUGCUGGCUCCAGGUUUCAUUCGCACUGACAUGACUGCAGGGCUGAAGGAGGAGGACGGGGUGCGCGGUAUCCCAAUGGGGAGAUUUGGUGAGCCAGAGGAGGUAGCCCAGGCUGUCAUCUUUCUUUUGGAGUCUUCCUACAUCACAGGACAGGUGCUGGUGGUGGAUGGAGGGCUGCAGCUGGCCAUGUAGAAAACAAUGCCAGAGUGAAUGUCUCAAUCUGCCUUUUCUUGAUGCUCGAUGUUACUGAUGACUGAGGAAAAGUGAACACUUUGCACUUAACAAGGCUUCAUGGCUGAAGAUGAAUGUUGCUCUGUGGACACAUGAAAUUCAGUCAUAUCUGGUGAGCCAUCGAACUGUGAGAUACAGUUUCUGUUAUCUGUAUCGACUGUUUUCUUGUCAGAAUUAUUUCUGCAAAAUACAACAGCGCUACCUAAAGAAUGAUCAGAAUCUUUGUACAAGUUGUAAAAAAGCAGUUACUCUUUGACAUAGAGAGACAAACGCACAUCUUGCAGAGGAUCACUGUCCCGCUGCUCUCUGUCUUUCUGCUGAGUCACUCUGUCCAGCCACAGUAGGCGUGGCCUGAUGUGUGUGACAGUCAUGACUAACGCUGCUGACUCCAGAGUGUCUGGCCGAGUCCAGACCUCCGUGCCCUGAGGUCCUAAAUUUGAUCAGUAGAUUUAACGCUGUUGGUCUUUUUCCAUGACUGUAAUGCGGCCGACACUGAUCGCAGUGCUCAUGUUUUGUUCCCCCACCUCCCCUGGGAGACCCCCUCACAGCCGGCACAUGUUGCCCCUCCACCAGCGGCCCCCUGAGCCCACCUCUGGAGGGGCCUGUCGAGGGGCCAGGCAUGUUGGGCUGCAGCUGGAGGAAAUUAGAGGUGGAGGUGGGGGGGAGGGAUAUUUUUAGUUCUGGGAAUGUUUUGAGUGUCUGGUUACAGCUCUGGUCCUGUAGUGUGGAUGGAUGGGGUUGGAGGUUGGCUGUCAUGCUCAGUGAUGAGAUCUGAAAUGCUGCGUUGCUUGUCACUCCUCCAGUUCCCCUCACUGAAACACACUGUUUUAUGUGCACUUGUAUCCUAAAUGUUUGAUUUUUGAUUAAAGGAUUGGAUUACAUUAUA